CGGCGGCGGCCGCGGCCCCCGAGGAGCCCGCCGGGAUGCUGGCGGACCACCUGGUGGAGGAGUUCGAGAUGAAGGAAGACGAGCCGUGGUACGACCACCGGGACCUCCAGCAAGAUCUCCAGCUUGCCGCCGAGCUUGGGAAGACCUUGCUGGAUCGGAACACGGAGCUGGAGGAUUCUCUGCAGCAGAUGUACACAACCAAUCAGGAGCAGCUACAGGAAAUUGAGUACCUGAGCAAGCAGGUGGAGCUUCUGCGGCAGAUGAACGAGCAGCACGCCAAGGUGUACGAGCAGCUGGACGUGACGGCGCGGGACCUGGAGGAGACCAACCAGAAGCUGGUGGCCGACAGCAAGGCCUCGCAGCAGAAGAUCCUGAGCCUGACGGAAACCAUCGAAGGCCUCCAAACCAACAUCGACCACCUCCAGGGCCAAGUGGAGGAGCUGAAGACUUCGAGCCAAGGCCAGAGGCCGAGGCCGAGCGAGGCGAGGGCGGCGCCGGCCUUCGCCUGUCUGAAGGAGCUGUACGACCUGCGCCAGCACUUCGUGUACGACCACGUGUUCGCCGAGAAGAUCGCGUCUCUGCAGAGCCAGCAGAGCCCGGAGGAGGAGGAGAACGCGCACCUGCAGCGGGCGGUGGCGGCGCUGCAGGCGCAACUGGGCGCCGAGCGGCGCAAGCGCGCGGCGCUGGAGGAGGAGCUGGGCCUGGUGCUGGCCGAGAACCGCGAGCUGGAGCAGCGCCUGCGCGGCGCCGACGCCUGCCGCGCGCGCGCGCUCGAGCUGGAGGCCGAGGUGGCCGACAUGCGGCAGCGGCUGCGCGCCGAGCACCCCUUCACGGGCGGGGUGGAGAAGCUGGUCCCCGACGCCCUGUUCGUGCCGUUCAAGGAGCCCGGCCAGAGCCUGCUGGAGGAGAUCUUCCUGGGCACCCCCGAGGCGCCGCGCCGGCCCCUCAAGCGCAGCAGCAGCGAGACGGUCCUCAGCAGCAGCGCGGCCGGCGCCGACGCGGCCAGCGGCCACGAGCACACGUGCAUCCGCCGGGCCAAGGCCGUGCGGCAGAGGGGCGUCUCCCUGCUGCACGAGGUGGACUCGCAGUACAGCGCCCUGAAGGAGAAGUACGAGGCGCUGCUCCGCAGGUGCCAGCCCGAGCCGGACUCGCUGUCUCACAAGGCCGUGCAGACCUCCUCCCGGGCCCCGGCCGCCAGGGAGCCGGCCGCCGGCGCCCCGGAGCCCCCGCGCGGCCCCCCGAGCCCCGGCACGCCGCCCGAGUACAAGGCGCUCUUCCAGGAGAUCUUCAGCUGCAUCAAGAAGACCAAGCAGGAGAUCGACGAGCAGAGAACCAAGUACCGGUCUCUGUCGGCGCAGCCGCCGUCGGCGCAGCCGUCCCCCGCGCAGCCGCAGUCCGGCGCCGCGCUCUAG